AAACACAAGGUAAUGUUGAUGAUGAUAACAAUGAAGAGACAUUACCCACCAUCAUCAGAGUGAUCAGAACACCAUGGAUGAAGUUCAUGCUCCAAUUAUGGCCUCCACAGGCCUCUUGCCAACUGGGGCUUUGCUAGAGUCGUUGGUUCAUGUUGCCCAUGAGCUUGCUUCCAUGGAAAAGCUUCCUUCUGUGCAGGUUAGAAACAUAUCGACCAUGAUAAGAAGGAUCAAGCUUCUUUCUUCUCUGUUCGAGGAGAUUCAAGAAACAAACAGACAGCUUCCACCCUCUUCAGUCCUGUGUCUUACAGAGCUUUUCUCUGUGAUUCGGAGAGUGAAGGCUUUGAUUCAAGGGUGUAAGGAUGGCAGCUGUCUGUGGGGGCUUAUUCAGACGGAAAUCCUUUCAAAUCAGUUUUAUGUUCUGGUCAAGGAGAUGGGGAGGGCUCUUGACAUUCUACCGCUAAGCUUGCUCAAUAUAACAACUGAUACAAGAGAGCAAGUUGAGCUUCUUCACAAGCAGGCUAAGAGGGUUGAUUUGUUUAUUGACCCUCGAGAGCUUCAAAGAAGACAAGAGCUUCUACAAGUAAUGGCAAACGAGAAAUAUAGCAAGAGCAAGGGCGGCUUCAAUAUUGAUUCUGGAGAAGUGAAAGAGAUUUUGACUUGUCUAGGUUUGAGAAGCCCUUUUGAAUUCGAAGAAGAAAUUUCAAAGCUAGAGAUUGAAAGACAGAAGCAGGCAGGAACAGGUGGACUAAUUGCGGUAUCCAAUAUAGACAAUCUCAUAUCCCUCGUUUCAUAUUCAAAAUCCAUUAUUUUCAAUCACGUAGAAAGCUGUGAGAGAACAAAAAAAGACCACUUUAAGCAGCGGUCUUUAUCCAUAAGCAGGAAUAUUCAUGAUACUUCUUCUUCUUCUCAAACUGUUGUUCCCAAUAUUCCUGAUGAAUUUCGUUGCCCGGUUUCUCUAGACUUGAUGAGAGACCCUGUGAUUGUAGCAUCCGGGCACACAUACGAUCGAAAUUCGAUUGCCCGGUGGAUCAAUUCAGGGCAUUAUACCUGCCCAAAAAGUGGGCAAAAGCUACUGCACAUGGCCCUUGUGCCUAAUUAUGCACUGAAGAGCCUAAUGCAGCAAUGGUCCGAGGAGAACCAUAUCCCUUUAGUUGAAGAUAAGGCAUCAUCUUUCUCAAACAACAGCAAAGGAAAACUAUCCGAGAAUCCUAUCGACCACAUUUCUGCCGCCAAAGCGAGUGUCGAUGCCGUCAAAUUGACGGCGGAGUUUCUCGUGGGGAAACUUGCAACCGGUUCGGUGGAAAUCCAACGGCAGGCAGCGUAUGAGCUUCGGUUGCUUGCUAAAACUAGCAUGGAUAACCGGGGGGUGAUUGCCGAGGCAGGAGCAAUUCCAUUUCUAGUGACAUUACUAAGUUCCCACGAUCCAAGAAUUCAAGAGAAUGCUGUCACUUCUUUGCUAAACCUUUCCAUCUACGACAACAACAAGAUACUGAUAAUGGCAGCCGGAGCAGUCGACAGCAUAAUAGGCGUUUUAGAGUCGGGGAAAACCAUGGAGGCAAGAGAAAACGCGGCUGCCGCCAUCUUCAGCCUGUCAAUGAAACACGACAGCAAGGUUGCCAUUGGCGGCCGGCCGAGAGCCAUUCCGGCUUUAGUUGGGCUUCUCAGAGAAGGCACUCCGGCCGGGAAAAGAGAUGCUGCAACAGCACUCUUUAACCUUGCAGUGUAUAAUGCUAACAAAGCCAUUGUUGUGGUUGCUGGGGCGGUUCCCGUGCUUGUUGAGUUGCUGAUGGAUGACAAGGCAAGCAUAACAGAUGAUGCCUUGUCGGUUCUUGCUCUGCUUUUGGGCUGCUCUGAAGGGUUGGAGGAGAUAAGGAAGAGUAUAGUUCUGGUGCCGCUUCUUAUUGAUCUUCUGAGAUUUGGGUCUCCAAAAGGUAAGGAGAAUUCUAUAGCUCUCCUACUGGGGCUGUGCAAAGAUGGAGGAGAGGAGGUGGCAAGACGUCUGCUGUUAAACCCACGAAGCAUUCCUUCUCUUCAGAGUUUGGCUGCUGAUGGAUCUCUGAGAGCUGGAAGAAAGGCCGAUGCACUGCUUAGAAUACUCGAUAGGUGUUGCUCGGAGUCUCACAAUCCUGUUGGAUAAACUGUCAGCAUACGUGUACAUUUGUGGGAAUCAUAUAAAUGGGUGUCAUUUUUUCUUCAAUUUGAUAUAGCAAUUGUGUAUCUCAAUGAUGUGUUGUUUGUUUUUAAAAAGAUCUCAGGCUAUAGCCAAGGGGUACUGGUAUCUUUGCCUCUUUAAUAGGGGAGAGUUUUAGUUCAUCACAUGGUAAGAGAGAUCUUUGAAAAUAAGAUUACCCAGAUGUGUCCAUCUGUU